UCAGCCAAGCUGGCAGCAUCUGAGGAGGGUGCAGGCAUCAUGUCUGUGGAGCAGCAGCUGGAGAAGAGGAGGUACUUUGUGAGGCUGGGGUCUCUUGCUGAUGAGCUUUGCCUGCUUGCCUACCUGCACUCAACAAACAAGAUCAAACAGGUCUGGCAGGGCAUGCAGGAAGCACUUGCACAGCUUCAGUGCAUCAUUGAACUGAUGGAAGUGCUUAAGCAAGGAUUUAAUCAAAAGCUUCAGGAAGGGCAGGAGAAACUACACCAGAUGUGGCUGGACUGGAGCAGGAAGUUUUCCAAAGAGAGUGGAGAUGAAAGCAUUGCAGAGCCAGAGGAGAUGGAGUCCCUGGCCCUGCUCAUGGCACAGAGCAUCACCCAGCAGCUGCAGCUCACCUGCUGCAAAAUAGUGUCUGCAAUCCAAGGCCUUCCCUCAAGAUUUCAGGAUAAGGUGGAACAAUCUCUUAGUACCAUAGAGGAGCUUCAUGCUUCCUUCUCAGCAGCAAACUCCUUCCAGGACUUGUCCAGCAGUGUCUUGACCCAGGGCCAGAGGAAGCUGAGUGUGAUCCAGGAGUAUAUGGAGGAGCUGCUGGAUUAUCUGAAGAACAAUGUCCCUCUGUCCUGGCUGGUGGGACCUUUCUCCCCGAGGGAGAAGGAG